AAAAAAAAAAAGAGGAGAAAGAUAAAGAAGGAGGAAAAGAGGGUAUUUGAGUCGAAACAUCGAUGCCGGUACCUUUUUGGUUUCAAUCAGCGUUUUGAUGGCCAUAAGGCCGUUCAAUUUCAAAGUUUCUCCCAAUCACCAUACCCAUCUUUCUUCCAUUUUCUCUCCUCCUCUCUUAUCCGCCUUCUCUCUCCGCGAAUCGGCGUCUUCAAUCUCCCUCAUCUUCCGCCGGAUUGCUUCGUCGGCGACCUCUCUAUCUCGUUCCCAACAACAACAUCCGCCGCCUCAACCGCCGUACAGAACAAAGCCGCGUCUGCGUCCAUUAUCCCCGCAAGAAACCCUGGCGCAGAAGAUCGGGAAGUCGAUUCGCCGCCCUGGCGCUCCUUCGAAGGCUAGGGUUUAUGCGGACGUUAACGUGAUCCGACCUAAGGAGUACUGGGACUAUGAGUCGCUCACCGUACAGUGGGGGGACCAAGAUAAUUAUGAGGUCGUGAGGAAGGUGGGGAGGGGGAAAUACAGUGAGGUGUUCGAGGGUGUUCAUUGCACUGACAAUGAAAAAUGUGUCAUUAAGAUUCUUAAACCCGUCAAGAAGAAAAAGAUCAAGAGGGAGAUAAAAAUACUGCAGAAUCUUUGUGGAGGGAUAAAUAUUGUGAAGUUGCAUGAUAUUGUUCGAGACCAGCAAUCAAAGACCCCAAGUCUUAUAUUUGAGCACGUUAACAAUAUUGAUUUUAAAGUUCUAUAUCCAACACUUGCAGACUUUGAUAUUCGCUACUACAUCUAUGAACUUCUAAAGGCAUUGGACUAUUGCCACUCACAAGGAAUUAUGCAUCGAGAUGUCAAACCUCAUAAUGUGAUGAUUGACCAUGAGCAACGUAAACUUCGUCUUAUAGAUUGGGGCCUUGCUGAGUUUUACCAUCCUGAGAAGGAGUAUAAUGUUCGUGUUGCUUCAAGAUAUUUCAAAGGUCCAGAACUUCUUGUUGAUUUACAAGAUUAUGACUAUUCUUUGGACUUGUGGAGUCUUGGCUGCAUGUUUGCCGGCAUGAUUUUCCGUAAGGAGCCAUUUUUCUAUGGACAUGAUAAUUAUGACCAGCUGGUUAAGAUUGCUAAGGUGUUGGGGACAGAUGAAUUGAACACAUAUUUGAGUAAAUAUCGAAUAGAAUUAGACCCACAUCUUUCAGCUCUUGUUGGGAGGCAUAGUCGUAAACCUUGGACCAAGUUCAUUAAUGUUGACAAUCAGCAUUUGGCAGUCCCUGAGGCUGUUGACUUCGUUGAUAAAUUGUUGCGCUAUGAUCAUCAAGAAAGGCUAACUGCUAAAGAGGCAAUGGCCCAUCCAUACUUUUUCCCUAUUAGGAAUGCAGAAAGCAGCAGAACUCGGAACCAGUGAAAUUCAUUCCAGGUUGGAAGCUGACAAGUGUGCUUCUCUCUCUCUAAUCUUCUCGUCUCUGUAUUUUUGGCCAUGCUCAGUUCUGUGAUGUUUAAGAACUUCCAUUUGGUGUAACGAGGAAAUGUGGUCAUCCCUUGUGUGCUGUAAAACCAAGUUAUUUCCCGUUAUUUUUCCCCCAAAUAUUUGGCUAAUUCUGAAGUAAUUUCUUUUUCAGUGGGUUAAUUCUGAAAGCAUUAUUUCCUUGUGCA